AAUAUGUUUUCGGUUGGAAAAAAAAGGAUAAAAAUAGCACACACAACUGCGGCACCCUCCGCUCUUCAGCGCCUCUUCAGAGUACCUAUACAAGCAUUUCACGGCGGCGACUGGCUGACGCGGUCGGCGGAGAAACUGACUGUGAUUUCUUGCUUCUGUAGUUUUCAUUCAGAUGGAAAGUGAGAUAGAGAUUGUUAUUAUGUAUUAGAGACAAUUCGGAAAAGAUGAGUCGGGAGAUCUCGCUUUUAAUGCAGCCGCGGUGCCUCCUGUUUCUCAUUGUCCUUACAAUCAUCCUCAUUCUCGCAAUCUUGAGCUCCAAGCAGGUGGAAGAAAAGACUGAAGAAGAGGACCAUAAAAUUACCCAUAGAGUGUACUUGGAUGUUGAUAUUGACGGCCAACGCUUAGGUAGAAUUGUUAUUGGAUUGUAUGGUCAAGUUGUCCCAAAAACUGUUGAAAAUUUUAGGGCUUUGUGUACAGGACAGAAAGGCAAAGGUGCAACAGGGAAAGCACUUCAUUAUAAGCAAACACCAUUUCAUCGUAUAAUAUCUGGCUUUGUAAUUCAAGGUGGAGAUAUAGCUCAUGGUGAUGGGAGGGGAGGUGAAUCUACUUAUGGUGGCACCUUUCCUGAUGAGAAUUUCAAGAUUAAACAUUCACAUGCAGGUGUUGUCUCCAUGGCUAAUUCUGGACCUGAUUCAAAUGGCUCCCAGUUUUUUAUCACUACUGUCAAGGCAAGCUGGUUGGAUGGAGAGCAUGUUGUUUUUGGCAAGGUAAUUCAAGGCAUGGAUACUGUCUAUGCAAUUGAAGGUGGAGCAGGUACCUAUAGUGGGGAACCCAGAAGGAAGGUCAUCAUCGCUGAUUCUGGCGAGAUACCCAAGAGCAAGUGGGAUGAAGAAAGCUAAAGCUUUUAGUCAGUAUCAGCACCAGGAGGUUUGUGUUUCUGAAAUCUGAACAAUGAUAAUGAGUUUCCUGAAAAUUUAUUUGCCUUUUCUGCUGUAUCAUUUCUUUGAAACAUAUCACUAGAUCCAACAGUCUCCAUAGCCUCUAUACGGAAAUAUUAUAGUAUUUCUUUUCCUUUUUCCUCACCCUGCUUUGUCUAGUUGUAUUUAGCAACCGUCAGUAACACAAGAUGUUCAUUGUUUAUCCAGGGAAUACUUUUACCUUUA